AUGGUACACGGUAGCGUGCGCGAGCGCGAGGCCUUCCAGCAACCUCCGCACUCGGCCUACUACCAGCAACCACAGCUCCGUGGAUACCCAGUAUCGACCAGCGUUGCCCCCACCCUCUACGCCGCACACCCACAGCAGGUCGACUACCAGUACCACCGCCAACGCCCUCAAUCACCACCAUCGCCGCCUGCAGAAGAGCACAAGCCCUCGUUGCCUUCUAUUUCUAGUCUCCUCGAAUUUGCCGGUGGUGACAAGCCUAGUUCAGACUCUGCCGCAGGACAAAGCCCACAGUCACAACACAGACAGUCGUGUUCACCACAACUGAGACAGACACAACAACAGCAACAACAGCAACAACAGCAGCAACAACAGCAACAACAGCAGCAACAACAGCAGCAGCAGCAACCACAACUACAACCUGGCACCGGCACAAUGCAAAGACCCCAGCCACCCUCAACCUACGUUGCAGCGCCAACAAUGGCGACCAACACUCGCAUGACCCUUCCUCCCACACCACCAAUGCACCCUGAUACUGCUGGGGACGGCCAAAGAUCCCCAUCUUCCGUCUCUACUCAUUCCGCCGCAUCGGCAGCCUACUUCAUGGGCGCAUCGCUCAACAACGUGGAGCCCCACCAGCAGCGUCAAGCGUUAUCAUCAAUGCCACCUCUGAAGCGGGAUUCACUUCCAACGCACUCCGUGUCUCCCUACAGCGGCUCCAUGUACGCUCAGUCGCCCUACCAGUCGUCUCCAGGCAACGCCUCAGCGACGUCGUUCUACUCGCCUGAGCAGCACUCGUACAACAGCGCCGGCAUGUACGCUCAGCGGCCGCUGCCCUCGAACUACCAGCCGACCAUGCCCAUGUCAAUGCCUCAACCCAGCUCCUCGGCGAAUGGCUCCAACCCCUGGCAACACCAUCACUACAUCAGCACGUCCAGUCAAUCAGCUUUCCCCCAGUCCCAGGACCGAUACAUUUGCUCGACCUGCAACAAGGCAUUCUCUCGACCGAGUAGUCUGCGCAUUCACAGUCACAGCCACACUGGCGAGAAGCCGUACAAAUGCCCCCAGGCAGGAUGUGGCAAGGCCUUCAGUGUGCGAAGCAACAUGAAGCGUCACGAGCGAGGGUGCCACGCAUCGACCAGCACUACCAUCACGACAUAA